AUGGCCUCGACUUUGCGCGCCGCCCGCGCGGGCCUGUCGCGCCGCCGCCAGCUCCGCGCCUUCUCCGCCGUCGAGCAGCGGCCGGAGCUGCCCUACUGCUCGUCGAGCGACGACCACCCGCACGGCACCUACCCCCACCUCUUCGCGCCGCUGACGCUCCCCUGCGGGCUCACGCUCCGCAACCGGACGCUCAUGGGCUCCAUGCACACGGGCCUCGAGGAGCACCACGACGCCGACGGCGGCCUGGGCCGCAUGGCCGCCUUCUACGGGGAGCGCGCGGCGGGCGGCGCGGGCAUCAUCGUCACCGGCGGAGUGGCCCCGAACCGCGAGGGCUGGGUCCUGCCCAUGGCGGGCAAGAUGUCCACGGCCAAGGAGGCGGCGCAGCACGCCUGCGUCACGGAGGCCGUCCACGACGCCGGCGGGUUGAUCGCCAUGCAGAUAUUGCACGCGGGCCGCUACGCGUACCACCCCAUGGCCGUCGCGCCGUCGAAGAAGAAAGCGCCCAUCAACGUCAUCACGCCGCGGGCGCUAUCCGACAAGGACAUCCGGCGGACCAUCGACGACUUCGCCCGCUGCGCCGAGCUCGCGAAGAGCUGCGGGUAUGAUGGCGUGGAGAUCAUGGGCUCCGAGGGCUACUUCAUCAACGAGUUCCUGGCGCCCCGGACGAACGUCCGCGACGACGACUGGGGCGGCUCCUUCGAGAACCGCUCGCGCCUGGCUCUCGAGAUCAUGAAGGCCGUGCGCGCGGCCGUGGGCGUCGAGGACUUUGCCGUCAUCUUCCGCGUGUCGAUGCUGGAACUGGUCGAGAACGGCCUAUCCUUCGACGAGUCCGUGGAGCUCUCGGCGGCGCUCCACGCCGCGGGCGUCGAUAUCAUCAACACGGGCAUCGGCUGGCACGAGGCGCGCGUGCCGACGAUCGCGACCUGCGUGCCCCGGGGCGCCUUCGCCUUCGCGACGCGAAACGUCAAAGACGCGUUAGACGCCAAGGCGGCCCACCCGUUGCUCUGCGCGACGAACCGCAUCAACGACGCGGCGACGGCGGAGCGGAUUUUGGCGCGCGGCGACGCGGACCUCGUGUCCCUCGCGCGGCCGUUCCUGGCGGACGAAAACAUCGUGCGCAAGGCCUGGGAGGGCGCGGAGGCGGAGACGAACACGUGCAUCGGCUGCAACCAGGCGUGCCUCGACCACACGUUCAAGCUCGUGCCCGUGUCCUGCCUCGUGAACCCGCGGGCGGGCCACGAGACGCUGCUGAAUCUGGAACAGGCGCCGGCGCCGCAGCGCGUCGCGGUCGUCGGCGCGGGGCCCGCGGGCCUGUCGUGCGCGUCGGCGUUGGGCGAGCGGGGCCACGCGGUGACCUUGUUCGAGGCGUCGGACCGCGUCGGCGGCCAGUUCAACCUCGCGGCGCGCGUGCCGGGCAAGCAGGAGUUCUGGGAGACGCUGCGCUACUUCGAGAGCCAGCUCGAGAAGCACGCCGUCGACGUGCGGUUGAACACGACCGCGGACGCGGACGCUCUAAAAACCUUCGACAAGGUCGUCGUCGCGACGGGCGUCAAGCCCCGCGAGCUGCCGCACCUGCGAUCGUCGAAAAACGUGACGGUCCACGGCUACGUCGACGUGCUCAAGGAGGGCGGCGCCAAACUCGGCGACCGCGUCGCCGUCGUCGGCGGCGGCGGCAUCGGCUUCGACGUGUCGGAAUUCCUCACGCACGACGCGCACCACGAGCCCGAGAGCGAGGGCGAACUGGACGCCUUCUGCGCCGAGUGGGGCAUCGACCGGAGCGGCGCGCGGUCGAACGGUUCCGGUCUCGCGCCGAAGACGGCGGCGCCGCCGGCGCGGACGGUGCACCUCCUCCAGCGCAAGAAGUCGGCGCUGGGCGCCGGCCUGGGCAAGACGACGGGCUGGAUCCACCGCGCGGCGCUCCGCCAGCGCGGCGUCGAGUUCGUCCGGGGCUGCGAGUACGUGUCCGUCGAGGACGACGGCUUCCACGUCAAGGUCGACGGCGAGCCGCGCGUGCUCGACGUCACGGACGUCGUCCUCUGCGCGGGCCAGGUCUCCGUCAACGACCUGUACGACGAGACGGACGUCGACGCCUUCCUCAUCGGCGGCGCGCAGAAGGCCGGCGAGCUCGACGCGAAGCGCGCCAUCGACCAGGGCUACCGCCUCGCGGGGGCCAUCGAGACCGCCGAGCCGGGCGCCGUCCUCGAGAUGCCCGUCGGCUGGCAGGCGUCGGCCCUCAAGAUGCUCCGCGACGCCAUGGGGCGCAACUCGGCCUAA